GCGCGCCGCUGCGGAGCUCGGCGGGCGGUGGGCGGGGCCGCGCGCGCGGCGCGGCGGCGAGGGGCUCUCCCCCUCCCCCAGUUCUGAGGGAAGCAAUGAGACUGAAACUUCUGGGCCUUCUGACUAGAUCUUCCUCUGUUUUAGCAGAAGUACGCCAAUGCCAAAGUUUUAAUAAAAUUGGAUGUCCCCUGUUAAAACUGAAUAAUGAAGUUGAUGAAACAGCUCAUGGAACAGCAGACAAGAUCUGGAACUUGUAUGCUUUGAAAACUGGUACCUCUUGUUUGACAAAUCAUUGUGUCCCUGUCAAGAAUUUGCAGUUCCUCCAACGAAAUGAAUCAGCUUUGGGAAAAACCAUAUAUUUUCAGAAUGGGAAGACUUUUUUUCCACCCUGGGAAGGUUUCAGUGCAGUGAUGAUGGAAAACUACAAACUCAAUAAAAAGCAAAUUAAAAAGCUUAGGGAUGUAUCAGCAAGAUGUUACUCAGUUGUAUCAACUGGUAAAAUUAUUCCAAAACACAGUAUCCAGCCAGUUAAGAGGCCACCAAAAGCACCAAGGACCAAGCAGCCAUCCAGAACCAACCAGCCACUACAGUCUGAUACGCAGAAUCUGAUGCAGUGCACUGCCUUUGCAACAGCAGAUGAAUAUCAUCUUGGUAAUCUGUGUCAUGACCUGGCUUCACAUGGAUAUGUUGAAAUAACAAGUUUGCCUAGAGAUGCUGCAAAUGUUUUGGUGAUUGGCACUGAGAAGUCUGCAAAAGAUGAUGAUGCUGGCAUGAUUUUUUUCUUCAGGGAAGGAGCUGUUGUAUUUUGGAAUGUGGAAGAGAAAACUAUGAAGAACAUAAUGCGAGUGCUUGAACACCAUGAAAUUCAGCCAUAUGAAGUUGCAUUAGUACAUUGGGAGAAUGAAGAGAUGAACUAUAGAAAAGGAGAAGGGCAGUCAAAGCUUCAUAAAGGAGAAAUCUUACUAAAUUCUGAGCUGGAUAUUGAUGAAGUUGUUCUGCAGAAAUUCGCCUUUUCAAAUGCUCUUUGUCUUUCUGUAAAACUGGCUAUUUGGGAAUCUUUACUAGAUAACUUUGUGGAAUCUAUCCAGUCAAUUCCUGAGAUACUAAAGUCAAGAAGGAAGGUGAAACUGUCUCAUGCAGAUGUAAUGCAGAAAAUUGGAGAACUCUUUGCAUUAAGACACCGUAUAAAUCUGAGUUCAGACCUGCUUAUUACACCUGACUUCUAUUGGGAUAGAGAGAAACUAGAAGAGCUUUAUGACAAGACCUGCCAGUUUCUCAACAUUAAUCGCAGAGUUAAGGUAAUGAAUGAAAAGCUUCAGCACUGCAUGGAGCUGACAGACCUAAUGCGAAAUCACCUGAAUGAAAAGCAUGCUCUGCGCCUCGAGUGGAUGAUAGUAAUACUCAUCACCAUAGAGGUCAUGUUUGAACUUGCCAGAGUAGUUUUCUGAACACAGAAGAAGCUAAGGAAGAAGAAAACUGACAGAACUAUAAAGACAGUAUUGUCAAGAAAAUUCAUGUCUAUUGUAAAUUUCUGGAAAAAAUACUGCAGUUGUCUUUCAUGAUAAGCAUACAUCUUCUAUACAAAUAAAAAAAAAAUGAAUCUA